AUAUACUUUGGAAUCACUAUGAUACUUCUUUGAAGUAAAUAUAUAUGUUCGCGAAUUAAUUGACAAGAAGUUACAGAAAUUGCGCUGAGGAUUUGUCAGCUUUUAACUUUGUUCUCGGUGAGGGUCUGGAUCCUAACAAUAUUUGAAGCAACCUUGGUAUUCAAGGAACUCCUAAGUAUACACUUUAGAAGGAUGAAGAAUUCGGUCCUCUGUUUGGAGUGAAUUCGGAUGGGAAACCUAGAUAAGGACUGAAGAUCCUACCAGUUGUAUAUUUUUGAAGUUAAGUUCAUUAAUUAGUGUAUAAUGUUCAAGAGGACAAACUCAGAGCCUUCACCUGGGUCCCAGAAGGGUCCUCAGACUGACUCCACCCCCAAAGGAAGGUACAAGAGUGUACUACUGACUCCUUCACAGAGUUUGCCAUCAUCACCCUCAGCUCUCACACCAGGGUUCCUACGUUCAUUUGGUUUUGCUAACACCAGAUCAUCAUCACAACCGGAAACUCCCAAGUCUCACAUGGAAACCACCCCACAGACUCCUAGCACAGUUGAUGAUGUUGAUACUCACAGCAAAUCAGACUCCAGCACAUCCCUGUCAUCCUUAAAUAGUGUUAAAGCUGGGUUGAGCAGUUCACUGCCAAUGCAAAAGGGAAGUGUCAAUGAAGAAAAACAUACUGAUCUCUCAGAGUCACAACUUAAUUUCCUAUCGCACAAUUUGUCAGAGAUUGCUGAUAAAAUAUCACCUUCAAAGUAUGAUGAAAUGAAUGAAAUAGACGUAGAAUCUUUGGAAAUACUGAAAGAAGAGACUUUAAGGCAAUCAUCCCAAGCAGAAUUUCCAAGCAAUGAACAAACAAGAUAUAAAACUCCAUAUUCAAGACGUAGCAAGGAUAAUAAAUCCUACGUUUCUAAACAAAAGAGUUUUACCCGAAAAAGAACUCAGGGCUAUCAUAACUCCCAUCAAGAAGUGAAUAACAAUGGAGAAGUAUCUUUGGAUGCUUCCAAUGUUCUCACCCUUGGAAAUGCUGCAGAAACAUUUAAACAUGAUAGUGAGAGUGACUCAGGCUAUAGCUCAUCUAUGUCGACUUCAAUUAGUUUGAGUGAUGAAAGUGAAGCUUCCAAAAGACUUAGCUCGGGAAAUGGAUCUGCCACAGACAUUGAUGGUGAUGAAUUUGCAGUAACUGAAGAUGCAGAUCGUACAAGGAAAAAUUCACUGGAUAAAGAAAUGAGAAAUGAGAGGCCUGCACCCCCUUUGGAACACAGGGACUCUAGUGAUCUCCAAGAAAGGCUGGAUUCUUUAAUUCAGGGUGUGUCAACUGGAAUGGAUGAUUUAACUUUAGAUGGAGGACAGUUAACAAAAAGUGAUGUUCACUCACAUGGGGAUAGGUCAAAUAUCUUGGAGGAACCAUCACCAAACUUUAUAAUAAAUUUUACCAAAACUCAAGAAGAUGAUCAGUCUAAGACAGAAUCAAAAGAACAUUCGAACACUGUUGUAAAACCACCCUUUCCUUUACUCAAGGGCAAGGUGUCUUCAGAUGACUCAGCAUUACCAAGAAGUAAAGCCGGUAAAAGACCAGGUUUAGUACGACGCAGGACAACCUUAGUUUCUUUCCGUCCACCAAAACAAAUGGCUGCUCAAGAAGGAGAAGGUGACAUUGUUGAAAUGGAUGAAGUGGGUUUCAUGCAGUUGUUGACUGAUAUUAAAUCUCUUAAAACUCAGUUGCUUAAACUGAAGCGUGAACUUCAAGAGGCUGAUGUCGUUUCUCCACUGAUGCAUUCGCACUCCUGUAUGGCGAGAAGAGCAUCUGUAUCUGUUGAUUCUGAUCCAGCAAUGGAGAGAGCAACUGCGUCACAUAGAAAGAGGAUGUUGAACAGAACCAUGACUAUGGAUCCUUCAGCCAUGCAAGAGAGGAUACAGACCACCAGAGCACGAGUUUCCUCUAUGUCUUCUAUGGAUGAAAGAGGAGAUAGUCCGGACGAUGUCACAGAGAUUUCACACUUACCAGUACCUAGUAAUUCAGAGCAGACUAAGUUAGUGACAGCAUCCCCUGUUAACAAGCCAGAAGCUGCGUCAACAGGGGCUAGUGUUGAGGAAGUGAAGAAACUUCACGACGAACUAGGCGAAGUGAAAAACAAACUUCUUGACCUCACUCAGGAGAGAACGUCACUUAUGAUUGAAAGAGAAGAACUCGAACAUGAACUCGACAGCAAGAAUCACACGAUCAGAAUGCUUCAAAAACAACUGGAAGCCCAAGACAAUCGGGACGAGAUAGCGUACUUCAAGAGACAAGUCAAGUCACUCACAGAUCAGAUACAACAACAGCAACAGAAGAUCACAGAACUUAGGUAUCGGUCGACCAGCCCCGGUCCUGUCCCCUUGGGAUCGGUUCCAAACCUUCAAAACAAAAAGGAAGCAAUAAAAUCGGACAUCAGAAACCGUCUAAGGGAUGCUUUUGUGAGACAUUUGGGAGAAUCGUCAAAGAGUCAUGUUCAGCUGAGCAAACACAUCCAGAAAGCGGAGCAGAACAUCAGCAUGGCACAGAAAGGUCUUAUCUCGUUAUAUUCAUCACCUGUCCUAUCACCUCACGUCAGCACAGAGCAUCUGCCGAAAGACAAAUCGAGACCUUCGUUCGAAAGAUCCGACUCACAGUCAAGUGUCGAAAGAGGUCAUGAGGACUCGGAUGGAAGAGAAUACGAAUCGGACUCGUCAAAGUCAAGCAGCCGACGAGGAAUGACAUCUUCGGGAAACGUAGGAAACAACGAAGACUCGGGUUCGGAGGCUGGAAGAUUUGGGAGGAGACGCAAAGCAUGUCCAAGUCAGGACGAAUCCGAUGGAAGGGCGUCCGAUUCAGAUUCGGGAAAGACGAACAGACGACGAAUUGCAUCGCCACCAUUGGAAUCAACCUCCGAUAAAUUGAACAAGACAAUUUUAGAAUCGAAUUCAUCCACGCCAGGGAUACAGAUUGAGGUAACAGACGCUGGUAAAACCAGUAGACAAUCCUCUUCGGCUUCACCUCGAACAAGAAAAUUAUCUCGAUCAAAAUUAUUUAGCAAGAUAGAAUCCUCACCUCUGUCACACUCAUGGACGCCCGGUGCUAUCGAGAAGAUUGUAAAAUCAUGGAGAGAAGCAAAAUCUCCUGAGGUUCAGGAGAAAACGAAAGAGGAAGACGACUCCCUUAAACCUGAGACCCAUGUUCAGUUUUUAUGAAAAUUACUUGUUAACCCUUUCACUCCCAAGAUCUCAUCGGUAAUUCUCCUUUAUGUCUGCCGUACCAUUCUUAUGAUGUUAGUUUGGAGAAUUUGGUGGUGGAUCGGCAAAUAAUCCUUAAAUUGAUACUCUUCCUAACUCUCAUCACUUGUCAGCUUGAUAUUUCGUUGAUACUGUAAGGAGAAAGUCUGUCUUGGUCAAUCAUGGGAGUUAAAGGGUUAAGAAGGAUUAUACUUUUUUUAAAUAAAAUGUACAUGUUUAUUGCCCAGGCAAAUUGUGCUGAAUUUUCACGAACCUUUUCGGGCUGAGAAUAGAUUUUUUACAUUUUUAGUUUUAUCACUUUUUUUAGCCCGCUUUUGCGAUUUCGAUUUUAUUUUGUUUUGCUUUUCCAUCAACACGUAAAAAUUCAUUCAUGAGUGUGUUCACAGCUCUGGUUAUACUAAGUUCUUCUGUAUAACUUCACCAAUUUCUGCUUCGAUUAACUAUAAAAGUAUGUAUGAAAAGAUAAGGGUGCAACUGCACCUUGACUGCCACCGUUCACCCUACGACCAGACUGAUCUGGUUAUUGAAGUGUACUCAAGUUCAUCGAUAUUUCAGCUUCAGUCAAGAUUUUCCAUAUUUUCAUGUUACAAUUUUUACUCACAAUCUUUUUAUGCGCUUUUAGUCGAUCAUGCUGCUUUCCUGCCGCGAUAAAUUUCUUUCCUUUUAUGUAUUAUCAUUAUUUUUUAAUGUAUCCCUUGUUUCUUAAUCAAGUGUGUUUCGGAAAGAGGUGAUAUUUUUCUCGUUAAGCUCGACUGUCGGCAUAAGGUUGUCGUAGGUACAUGUGUGUUGUUUAAACGAUACCAUUUGUAAUGUAUUCUGUCAUCAUCACUUUAAUGAUGAUAUAUGCUGACAACAUGCCAUGAUCGUGAACAAAAACUUUUCCGUGAGAAUUAGUUGUAACGUCAAACUGGUUUUACUGGGAAUACAAUGAUUUGUAUUGAACUGUCAUAUGGAUCAAAGUCAAAUUUGAAGAUAUUUUAAGAGCAACAGAAAACAUUCGAAUGCGUUAACUUGAUUUAAGUCAGUUAUCAUGAAAUUAAAAGAAAAGGGCCCGCACUAUGGAUGAAGAAUCUACAAGUCACCAUAAGUGGGAGGUACAAGUUGUUAUAUGGUCAUCUUCUAGAUGAGGUCUUACCAUUUAUAGCAUAGUUUAUUAUUUGGCAGAUUUUUAUCAAAUGCGCUCGUUAA